AUGUCAUCACCAAGGAAACACGUCGUCUUCGACAUCGUAGGCACCUGCAUGUCCUACGACGCCAUCCCCCGCGCCAUCGAAACCCGUCUCGGCCCCAAACUCGCACAACACAACAUCAAGCCCGCCCUCCUCAGCUUCGCCUGGAUCGAGGCCGCCGAGCGCGAGUACACCUACCUCUCCAUCCAAGGCCGCUACCGCCGCUUCUACGACAUCUUCCGCAGCCUCUUCUACCGCAUGCUCUUCCAAGCCGGCGUCCCGGAACCGCGCAAACUCGCCACCGACGACGACGUAGCCUACAUCAUGGACCGCUUCCUCGAGCUCGAGGCCCGGCCCGGCACAAAGGAGUGCUUCACGCUGCUGCGAGAAGCCGGCUUCACAGUCUGGGCCUUCACGGCGGGCGACGCGAAGCGCGUGGGCGGGUACUUUGCCAAGGCGGGCAUCGACAUGCCCGCGGAGAACCUCAAGAGCUGCGACGCGGACGGCAUCGGCAAGCCGGACCCCAGGGCGUACAAGCCCGUGCUGGAGAGCUUUGGCGGGGAGGAGGCGUGGUUCGCGGCGGCGCACAUGUGGGAUGCGUCGGCGGCCAAGGGGUGCGGGUUCAAGGGGGCGUGGUGCGCCGUGUACGAGGGGGAGCCGUGUACGGAUUUGUUUGGGGAGAUGGAUGUCAUGGCGACCGAGUUGCCUGACAUGGCGCGGAAGAUUAUAGCCGCUUCGGAGGGGGCGGCCGCGGCGUAA